UUAUCUUUCUCAUCAGUUUUAAAAGAAACUUUAGAAAACAGAGGCGUUCUUGGUCAAAUUCGAGCUCGAAUUCGAGCGGAAGUCUUCAGCGCAUUGGAUGAUCAGGUUGGAAGCUAUAAACUAUAACAAGAGCCAGAGGAACAUGAACAUGAAGUACAUGAAGUUAAGCUCUCAUGAAUUAAAUAAGUGUUUUUGCUAUUUAUAGACUGAAGCAAGACCGACACUAUCAAAUGAGAAUCUUCUCAUUAAUGAAUUGAUCAGAGAAUACUUGACGUUCAACAAGUACAAAUACACAGAAUCUGUGCUUUUAGCAGGUACAUUGAACACUUAUGUUUUGUUUUUUGCGAGUUCAUUUUUUUCUCCAAGUGACUGAAUACUAAUAGUGAUAAUUAUAAUAAUAAUACCCAUCAAAUUUUUUCCUAUCCUAGAAAGCCUGGACUCUCAUAAAUCAUAAACUAACCUAAAACCUGGACCAAAUGUCUUAAUUUUUUUCUUAAACUCUUCACUUCAAGUAUACCCACCUUUUAUUAGGCAGCCUAGGUCUCCCAAGUGCUUUAACUGUUGGAACACAUUUCAUUUUACAGUAUUGUUCCAUAUGUUCUCUUCCCCACAGAAACAGGCCAGCCUAACGAUCCAAUGGACAGACAGUUUCUUGUUCAAGAGCUUAACAUCACAGAAGACCAGACUGCAUCACCUUCCAUGUAAAGUGAAAAAUGUUUCUUUUCUGAACACAAUAAGUUGUUUCAAGACUGUCACUCGGCUCAUUGCUAUAAUUCUCCCGCAAAGCUAAAUGCUGUGAGAAAAAUAUUUUUUCUCCUUCUACAUAUUUGUUUGUGGAGGUGUGUGCGGCCGAGCGAUUAACACCUCAAACUCUGGAUCUGGAGGUCUAGGGUUCAAGCCACACCCUUCGGGUUGUUUCCUUAGACAAGGAACUUUACUCAACUUUGUCUCUCUCCACCCAGAUGUAGAAAUGGGUACCAGUGACAAACUGCUGAGGGGUAACCCUGCGAUGGACUAGCAUCCCAUCCAGGGGGGAGUAGCAUUACUCCUAGGCUUGCUUCUUGCUACGGAAACCGGAAAUAAGCUCUGGCCGUGUGGGCCUUUGACUCGUGUGCGCCUUUACCUUACCUUAAAGUUUUACAUAUUUUGUAGAGAGCUCAAUACUACCCUAAUGAAAUCCUCAGCAUGUCCCAUGUUUCCAGUUUAAUGCAAAAACUGAGAUUUUCUAGUUGCCCAAAGCCAAAGGCAAGUUACAAUGGGACCCUGCUGGACCACAUACUUAUACCUGUGUUGAGAUUCCAGGAAGAAUCAAUCCAUCUUUCUUUCUCCCACUUUUUUCUCCUUCUCCUACAUGUAUGUUACCUUUACAUUUUAUCAUUUUUACAUAUGAUCACUCUAAUGGACAAAGUUUUCUUGUAGGCCCCUUUUGUAUGAGAUGUUGGCUUAUUUUCUCCAAGGGGGCCACAGGGAGGGAAGAAGAUUGAGAGGUUUGAGAGAUGAGUCGUUACAACCUCGUACUACAGGUAAUAUACUGUCAUAAAUACCUCAAUCAGUGUCCCACGCGGCCUUAAGAAAUGGGUUGUAUAGAAUUUCAAACAUCUUGCUCAAACCCAUAAGCAUCCCAGCCCACACUAACUUAUUAGACUUAUUAUGGGCUGGAAUCCCCUUUUCCAAGUCCUUAUAAGUUUAACACUGUUAUGAAACUGCCACCAUGACACUUAAACACUUGUCAAGAGAGGAUGAUGUCUAGCCCUAGGAAUAUGUGCAUUUCACAAAAAUCUUUUUAGUCCGAUUAAACACUUACAUUAAUCAUUACAAUAAUCCACAUUUUUUGCUUUUUAAUAAUCGGGAAUCAACAUGACUUGAUGCAAACAUCCCAUUCACAUGUUGCAGCCAAUGCCCAAAAAUUCCCUUUCUGUCCCAUUAUUCUCUCUUGCACUCAUACAACAGUGAACAAACAGUGAACAUAGUCUAUAGGUGCAUUCCAUAACGAUGAUCAGAAUCAGUGAUCCAAGAUCACUCAGAUUAUAGCUCAUCAAAGGAACUGACAAAUCCACUGUGCGAAAAGGAUUCAAUGGUUCAUAGUAUACUAUGCACUAUGAUCCUACUCAGUUAAUUCUACGAACUAUUUAGGAGUCCCAAACUCUGCACAGUGAACCUAAAAUUGAAAAAUUUCUUUUCCUUGUUCACAAUUUUUUAUUUUAAUUGAUAUUUAUAAGCACUGAUUUGUACUAUUAAUUAAUAUUCUGUGUGAGUUUAAAUAAAAACUGACCUGACUUGAUCGUAGUGAUCCCGGAUUACUAAUCCUGAUCUGGAUCAUCUCAAAGGAAUGUACAUGUACCCUAUAUCUCCCACAGAGCCUGGAGUACCUUGGGCAAUGGGGUGCCAAUAUAAUCAUCAAAUGCCCCUCCCAAAGAAGAAAAGUCUUGACAUAACAUUUAUUGGGAUUAUAUUAAAAGAAAUUCCUUUUGUUUUUCCUCUUAAGAGUAGUUCCCACCUCUUGAAGUACACAUUUUCAAGUUGCAUAUCUGCAUUAUUGUUCUCUGUCUUCCCUCAAUCAAAGUCUUGGUUUCAUUUUUCUGCUUUCGAAGGUGAUCUUUAUCUGUAAAUAAUUAUGUUUGCAUCAAGCACUGCAACGUAGAUACCCCUCAAAAUAAAUUAUUAUUUCUUCUUACCAUUUUUUGUCUGUAUUUUUUUUCUUUUAACAGAAUUGCGACUAAGAAGACAUCCAGAUGGCUUGCUGCACACCCAGGACAGAGGUACUCUUUACUCUUUAUUUUCACAGAAAAUGACUGGUGCGUUUUGAACCUACAUACUAGCAUUCAUUUCGUUUCCAAAACACAAGAAGGCAGGUGGUGUAAUUUGCAGUUUUUACUCUUUCUUGUACCCUUAUGUUCUCCCACCCCAGGAAAUGACUGCUAUGAAGGCUUGUGCUGAGAGCAUCUUUUAUUUUUUGAAAGGUUGAUGGGUUGUCAGGACUCCUAUUACAAUCCUGGCACAUGUAUUGUCAUUCUAGAGAACUACUUCCUUUCUUUUACAUUUUGUAAUGUUGACGUGCACAAUAUUAUGUACACAUCACGUGACCAGCAUUAGAAAAAAAGAAAAGCUAAACUAAUGGGGUUUAUUUAGUGUGACUGAUACAGGCUAGAUGCAUUGAUUGUAGUAAUGCAGGGGUGACACAGCCAGAGGAAGGUCAGGAAAUAACAGUCUUUUAAAGGUCAAGAAACAGCCAGGGAAAUUUUUGAAAAGUCAAGGAGCAUCUUAAGAGGGACCCCUCCCUAAAAGCAACACCCACAUGUAGACUGUGGUCAGUCCUCACUGCCCUCCAGUUAUCUUCUUUGACUCUCUUUAAUAUGGACAGCUCUCAGCUCUAAGGUGGUCGUCACUUAGGCCCAGUUUAGACGCUGAACUUUUUAUGAGCUGAACCUAACAAAUUGAAUUAUGUACAGGAAAUGUUCGGUGUCUGAUUCGAUAAGGAACGCCUAUUUCAAUUUUGAAACGGUUCAGUCGUUCUUCCCUCCUUGCCCGGGCCGGGAAUUACAACUUUGGAACGACUUUGAUUCAAAAGUCAAACUUUCCAUACGNAGCAUUAGAAAAAAAGAAAAGCUAAACUAAUGGGGUUUAUUUAGUGUGACUGAUACAGGCUAGAUGCAUUGAUUGUAGUAAUGCAGGGGUGACACAGCCAGAGGAAGGUCAGGAAAUAACAGUCUUUUAAAGGUCAAGAAACAGCCAGGGAAAUUUUUGAAAAGUCAAGGAGCAUCUUAAGAGGGACCCCUCCCUAAAAGCAACACCCACAUGUAGACUGUGGUCAGUCCUCACUGCCCUCCAGUUAUCUUCUUUGACUCUCUUUAAUAUGGACAGCUCUCAGCUCUAAGGUGGUCGUCACUUAGGCCCAGUUUAGACGCUGAACUUUUUAUGAGCUGAACCUAACAAAUUGAAUUAUGUACAGGAAAUGUUCGGUGUCUGAUUCGAUAAGGAACGCCUAUUUCAAUUUUGAAACGGUUCAGUCGUUCUUCCCUCCUUGCCCGGGCCGGGAAUUACAACUUUGGAACGACUUUGAUUCAAAAGUCAAACUUUCCAUACGCCGAACCUAAUGCAUAAAUUGACAUAACGUAUUUGGCAAGAAGUUUAACUCAGAGAGCAUUUUUCUCCUUUUAAUUUUAAUUCGGCUGGAAGUAAGAUCGGUUUCUUAAUCAAUUAACCUGGUCUAAAUAAUUUGGGUCGGCUUUAAUUCAAAGUGGGUGCGGUUCAGGAAAAGUCCGGCGUCUGUACCUGUCCUUAGAGCCUGUCACAAUAUAACCUGCUAUCAGGCGGUCCUUCUUUCACGCUCCCCAGAAAAAAAAGAAAAGAACGACUGAUCGCAGGUUAAUCCCAGCGCUGCGACACUUCAUUGUCAAGUUUAAGAGGGUUGACUGGGUGUAUUCUAUGUUCUUUUUUUUGUCGCUUGUCAAGUAGAUGAAAGAAGACUUCAUUCAAGCUUUGGUCAUGAUCCUGAACCUGUUAUUGUACGAGGAGGGAGAAGAUGA